CACCGAUCACCAGGAAAGAUGAUUGUCAAAAUGUUUUUGUUAGUCUUAUUAAGUGUUAACUUUAUAUACCACGUCAAUGGUGCAUCUUAUUCUAACGUCUAUGUACAGAGUGAUUUAGUCCCGAGAGGAUUUUACCAAUACGGAACACCACACGCGUCUUUACCAAGUCCUAGACUAUCUCAAAUCAAUACACUGCCUUCUAUACCGGGAUAUGUGCCGUGCGGAACGCCCUGUGUUUAUCCAGCCCAAACAGUUGCUACAGUGGGUUCAGUAAAUCCACAACCAAACAUAUUGACUUACGGUGCACCAGCACCAAGUGUCCCAGUUGUUGUUGCACCAACAAAAGAGGAAGCUGCAGGUUAUGAAUAUGGCUACGUUGUUUAUGAUGACAACACGGGAGACCAUAAAGCUCAACGAGAACUAAGCGAUGGCUCCGUAGUACGUGGAGAAUAUUCGUUCAUUCAACCAGAUGGAUACGUUCGGGAAGUACAGUACCAAGCUGACGACAUUUCUGGGUUUAAUGCCGUUGUUAAAAAUUUCUUGCCUGCCGUCGCUGAAAGAAAAAAUACAGUUGAAAAAAAAGAAUCUGCUCCACCUUGCCCUGAAAUCAAACACGAGUCUUUGGUACAAUUGAAUGCACAAAAUGAGCCUGCUGCUAAAAAUCUUGAUCCAAGUGAACAUAACCAUAGUAAAUCCGAAGAGUCUGCUGAAAGCGAACUUCCAAAAGAACCAACGCAUGAUAUAAAAGAAUCUGAAGAAGAGUCAGCUGAUAAGAAACACGAACAUAUUCAACACCCAAUUAAAGCCACUUCAGAGGAAAAUUCCAGUGAGGAAUCUAAUGAGAAUGCGAAAGAGAUUCUUCUUGUUAAACUAAAGGAAUUCGAUGAAAUCGAAGAAUCAGGGGAAACAUCCGAAUCAAAAGAAUCCAAAGAAGAAUUAAAAGAGAAAUUAAAGAAACAACCACCAAAAAAAGCAAUUCACCCAGUUAACAAACAUGUGAAAGAAUCUAAAGAGUUGUCUGUCGAGGUGACCAAAGAACAAUUGUAUGGAGACGACAAACAUAAGGAAGCUCACGAUUUAUCACAACCUGACCCAUUAGCGCCGUACAGUGACAUAAUCCGUUGUAUUGAAUCAGUAAUGAAGAGAAAUAAUGCAGGUCCAAGCGCCUUGCGUGACGGAUACCCGUCUCCAUUAACUUACAUAGUACUGAAAAGACCUUGUUAGAUUUAAAAU